AUGAUAAAUAACUCAAUUUCAGAUAAAGAAAUAAGAAUUUUAGUUCAAAAUAUAUGUAAUAUGUCUGUUUUCAAAGGGCGAAGAGUAAUUGAUCAAAUUCGCGGGCGUUCAUAUGAAGAAACACUUAUGAUAUUGGAACUCAUGCCUUAUCGAGCAUGUUAUCCAAUUUUAAAACUGGUUUAUUCGGCAGCAGCAAAUGCUAGUCAUAAUAUGAAUUUGAAGGAAACUGAUUUAUUUAUUAGUGAAGCUAAAGUUAAUAAGAGUAGUUUUAUAAAAAAAUUAAGACCUCGAGCUCGAGGACGUAGUUAUGGUAUAAAAAGUCCCACUUGUCAUAUAACAAUUGUAUUAAAAGAAAAAUCUAAAUUUUUAUUAGAUAAAUCUAAGAUUUAG